GAUCACUGCCAUUACCAGGGGGUCGUGGAGGGGACCCUGGACUCCAUGGUUGCUGUCAGCACGUGCUCGGGGCUCAGGGGCUUGGUGACAAUAGGGAACAUCACCUAUGGGAUCGAGCCCAUGGAUUCCUCUCCUGGCUCUCAGCACAUCUUGUAUCGGUUGGAAAACGUGAAGAAGGAGCCCACGUCGUGUGGGGUGGCCACCGAGGACCACGCAGAGGAGGAGGGUCACCAUCCCACCAUGGCUCAGCUGCUGCGGAGAAAGAGAGCAGUCCUACACCAGACGAGAUACGUGGAGCUGUUCAUAGUUGUGGACAAAGAAAAGUUCGAAGACUUUGGGAAGAGUGAGACAGAAGUGAGAGAGCACAUGGUGCAGCUGGCAAACUUCCUGGACAGCAUGUACAUCAUGUUAAACAUCCGCAUUGUGCUGGUGGGUCUGGAGAUCUGGAAGUACGAGAACAUCAUCAGCACAGACGGGGGCGCUGGGGACGUGCUGGCCAACUUUGUGCAGUGGCGGGAGAAGAAUCUCGUCCUGCGCCGGAGACACGACAGCGCCCAGUUCGUGCUGAAGAAGGGGUUUGGUGGCACAGCUGGAAUGGCCUACGUUGGGACUGUGUGCUCCAAGAGCCACGCGGGAGGCAUCAACGUGUUUGGAAGAAUCAGCAUACAGAUGUUUGCAUCAAUUAUGGCUCACGAACUGGGACAUAACCUGGGGAUGAACCAUGAUGAUGAACGCGUCUGUCACUGCGGAGCGAGCAGUUGCAUUAUGAGCUCUGGAGCAUCAGGAUCGAGGAACUUCAGCAGCUGCAGCGCAGAGGACUUUGAGAAGUUGACGCUCAACAAAGGGGGAAGCUGCCUGCUCAACGUUCCCAGGCCUGACGAAACCUACAGCAUCCCGUACUGCGGGAACAGGCUGGUGGAUGCUGGGGAGGAGUGCGACUGUGGUUCACCAAAGGAAUGUGAGAGUGAUCCUUGCUGUGAACCUGGCACUUGCAGGCUCCGACCCAGUGCUCAAUGUGCUUAUGGCGACUGCUGUAAAAACUGCCAGCUCCUUCCUGGAGGAACCGAGUGUCGGGCGAGUAACAACGAGUGUGACCUUCCUGAGUACUGCAAUGGCACGUCCCAGUUCUGCCAGCCGGACUUCACCGUGCAGAACGGCCACCCGUGCCACCACGAGGAAGCCUACUGCUACAACGGCGUUUGCCAGUACUACGACGCGCAGUGUCAGCACAUCUUCGGCUCGAAAGCCAAAGCUGCCCCCAGCAUUUGUUUUGAUGAAGUGAAUUCCAAGGGUGACAGAUUUGGCAACUGUGGUUUCCAUGGCCAUGACUACAAGAAAUGCUCCAGCUGGAAUAGGAAGCUGCAAUGUGAAAACGCGAACAUGAUGCCCGUCUUCGGGAUCAAGCCUGCUAUCAUCCACACUCGCAUUAAAGACACCAGGUGCUGGGGUGUCGAUUUCCAGCUCGGCUCCGACGUCCCAGACCCGGGAAUGGUGAAUGAAGGCACCAAAUGUGAUAAUGGAAAGGUCUGCAGGCACUUCCAGUGCGUGAGCGUCUCCGUGCUGAACUACGACUGCGACGUGGAGCAGCAGUGCCACGGCCACGGGGUGUGCAAUAACAACAGGAACUGCCACUGUGAAGCAGGCUGGGCCCCUCCUUACUGCGACACCAAAGGCUAUGGAGGCAGCGUGGACAGCGGCCCCCCCUACAACGACAAGGACACCUCGCUGAGGGAUGGGCUGCUGGUCUUCUUCUUCCUGGUCCUCCCACUCCUUGUGGCCGCUGCUCUGGCAUUUGCAAAACGAGACAGGCUGAAGCGAAGCUGCAGGAGGUUCAUGUCACGCUGCCAUUCGUCCCGUCAGUCACCACCUCCUCGAACGGCAGCGGAACUGCGCGACUGCCAGCACCGGGGCUUUUCACACGGCAUGCCCUACGCUCCCGGAGCUGUUCCCAUGGCUAUGGAGCCAAACGCCUUUCCCGUCCCGUCGUACCCAGCCAACCAGCACCCUGCCUACCACCAGCCUUACUACCCCUCUCCGCAGUACCAGGCGCCGCAGCCACAGAAGCUGCCGACAAGGCCACCGCCUCCGCAGCAGAAGUGUGCACCUCAGCGUCCUCCCCCGCCGCAGCAGAAGGGUUUACCUCAGGGACACUUCUUCCCUUCUCGACCGGCACCUUUGCCUCCCAAAUAG